AUGGUUUUAUUGCCUGUACAGAUCAUCGUGAUUUGUUCAGCGCUCUGCGCUCUGGUGACAUCAUCGCCCUUGCCUCAGGAUGAAAGUUUCGCCAUCAUCCCCUACAACUACGGUUACGAGGUACAGGAUCCUGAGACGAACAACUUCCAGAACAAAGCUGAAAUAAAGACAAGUGAAGGGGACGUGUACGGUUCAUACUCUGUACUAAUGCCUGAUGGGUACAUCUACACGACGACGUACAACGUCACCGGCGACAGCGGCUACGUCUCCAGGCUCGUCAAGACGCUCGCACAACAAGAAGUUCUUCCAGAACCUAGAACUGCUGCGUGAUUCCAAUACAAAACUAUACCAAGAACUUAGAAGCAAAAGAAAACUCUAAGCCUAUUCACCAUGUCUUCAUUUGGUUGACGUUUUGUUUAUUUUUAAAUUCUUGAUGAAAUUGAGAUUUAAGCAGACUAAUGAAAUCAUAGAAAUUCUCACCUGUUGAUGUGGUAUAUUAAAUUCUUAUAAACUGAUUUUAAAAUUCAUAGAAAUGCGGACAUCUUCGAAAUAAAAACCUCCGUUAAUGCAUUGCCCGGCUGAAAUGCGAGCUAAGAUGCAAGUAAUUAGUACUCUUCUACGUAUUUUUCAACGUAACAACAGCAAAAUUUAUUGAUGUAUUUGAAAUAAAACGUAUGCUAAAAUGAUAUGUUUGACCGCAAAUCACGCUAUAGAUUUGUUAUGAAUUUUUCUAAGUUACAAACGGCCAAGCCAAAGCCAAUGUUCGGUCGCAUAAGAUUGGUUUAGUGAAAUGCAGGGAUAAAAUCUGCGUCACCGAUGAUUUAUCCACAUUUUGACAAGCAUCAGUUCAUAAUUUACAUCUCCAUAACAGUCCUUCCGUGAAGUAGAAUUAAAAUGCCAUUUUUUUCUCAUUCUGUCUUCUGCAUAGUUGCUUGAAGUAUUAAGUAUUAGAUAAAAAUUAGGAUUAAUUAGGUAGUAAAUAAAGCCGAUGUGUUUCCCCGAACCUUCCAGCCAUGAAACACAGAAGGUCCGAUAAAUCGAACGAUCAUUUCCUAGCUUUCUAGUACUUCUUUAUAUUAGUGCGAUAUUAGCUUAGGAACUAUCAAGCAUGCCAGUAAUAUUUUAUAUGAAAUAAUUUGUUCAUUUGUAAAUGUUUAAUUUCGCAAAUGAGUGAAUUACGUGAGCUAGAAGCGAGAAAUUUUAUUUUCGGGAAUUUAUAGAAAAUUACCAGUCUGCAAAUCUGAAAAUUAUGAAUUAUUGAUAUAAAUUGAUUAUUCUAUAAACAUCCAUAAUAUCAAAUUCUUUCAUAAUUUCUGUAAACAAUCCUAAUUUAAUUCUUCCAUAUUAAAUUCAUUGAUAAGCAAAAUUUUCGAGCUGCUUUACGUGAGCCUCCAUUUGCUAACCCGACCAAGAUUUGUGGGUAAAAAACUAAUUUUAUAAUUUAAGUAUGCAUUUAAAUAUGGCUCUAAAAUAUUCAAUUAUUUUUUUUUUCGAUGUAUUAUGCACUGGUUCAAUUGAUUCUCUAAUGAUUAUUCAAAAUUAAAAAUUUGUCCAUGAUGUUUUACUUCACAAGACCACGAAUAAGACAACACUUGAGUUUUCUUAAAAGCCUAAUGAAUAAUUUUCAUUUUAUACCAGCUUUUAACUACAGGUUUUUUAAAUAAGAUUUUUGCAAAGUUUCCCCAAAUAUCCCCUUCGUUUAUGAACGCUUUUGUGCUGUCUUUUUCGUUUUUUUCUAUGUUUU